GCUUCGCCGCGGCGCGAGGUCUAUGUGACCGGCGGGCCCGAAGCCGCCGCCGCCGCCGCCUCAGCGCGAACAUGGACGCCGUCAACGCCUUUAACCAGGAGCUCUUUUCACUUAUGGAUAUGAAACCUCCUAUUUCUAGAGCAAAGAUGAUUCUCAUUACUAAAGCUGCUAUUAAAGCUAUUAAGCUUUAUAAGCAUGUUGUUCAAAUAGUAGAAAAAUUCAUCAAAAAGUGUAAACCAGAAUAUAAGGUUCCAGGAUUAUAUGUAAUUGAUUCAAUUGUGCGACAGUCUCGUCAUCAGUUUGGAACUGAUAAAGAUGUUUUUGGGCCAAGAUUUUCUAAAAAUAUAACUGCUACAUUCCAAUAUUUAUAUCUUUGUCCAUCUGAAGAUAAGAGUAAAAUAGUCCGUGUGCUAAAUCUUUGGCAAAAAAAUGGAGUGUUCAAAAUUGAAAUUAUCCAGCCUCUCUUGGACAUGGCAGCAGGAACCAGUAAUGCAGCCCCAGUAGCAGAAAAUGUUACCAAUAAUGAAGGCUCACCUCCACUUACAGUAAAAGUUUCCUCUGAACCUCCACAAGCUACUCCAAACUCUAUACCUGCUGUACCACAGUUGCCUAGUUCUGAUGCUUUUGCUGCUGUGGCUCAACUUUUUCAGACAACUCAAGGCCAACAGCUUCAGCAGAUCCUUCAGACUUUUCAGCAACCACCAAAACCACAGUCUCCUGCUCUUGACAAUGCUGUGAUGGCUCAGGUUCAGGCUAUCACGGCUCAGUUAAAGACAGCUCCUACACAACCACCUGAACAAAAAGCUGCUUUCCCCCCACCUGAACAAAAGACUGCAUUUGACAAGAAGCUGCUUGACAGAUUUGAUUAUGAUGAUGAGCCAGAAGCUGUAGAAGAAUCAAAAAAAGAGGAUACUGCUGGCAUCACUCCUGUGGUUCCUGCUGUUGCAGUGCCCCCUGCACCUACCGUGGCUGCACCUGCUGCUGCCGUUGCUGCUGCUGCUGCUGUGGCUGCUGCCACUGCUCCUGCGCCUCCUUCAGCCACACCAGCUGCCACCUCUCCUCCUCCACAGGCACCAUUUGGAUUUCCUGCAGAUGGCAUGCAACAACCAGCUUAUGCACAACAUCAAAAUAUGGAGCAGUUUCAAACUCGAAUGAUGGGAAUGCAACAAGACCCAAUGCACCAUCAGGUUCCACUCCCUCCAAAUGGACAGAUGCCAGGAUUUGGACUUCUUCCUGCACCUCCGUUUCCUCCAAUGGCUCCACCUGUGAUUCCUCCUACACCACCAGUGCAACAGAGUUUCCAGCCUUCUUUUCAGGCACAAAAUGAACCACUUGCACAGAAGCCACAUCCACAGGAAAUGGAAGUUGAACAGCCUUGUAUUCCAGAAGUCAAGCGACAUAUGCCUGAUAACAGAAAGUCAAGAUCUAGGUCAGCAUCCAGGUCACCAAAAAGGAGGCGAUCGAGAUCUAGUUCUAGAUCUCGGAGGUCUCGGCAUCGACGGUCUCGAUCUCGGUCCAGGGAUAGACGCCGACAUUCUCCUCGCUCUCGAUCCCAAGAAAGACGGGAUAGAGAAAAAGAGAGAGAACGUCGACAAAAAGGUCUUCCUCAUAUCAAAUCAGAAACUGCAAGUGUUUGUAGUACUACACUCUGGGUGGGACAACUAGACAAAAGGACUACUCAGCAGGAUGUUGCCAGUCUCUUGGAAGAGUUUGGUCCAAUUGAAUCAAUUAAUAUGAUUCCUCCCAGGGGUUGUGCCUAUAUUGUUAUGGUUCAUAGGCAAGAUGCCUAUCGUGCCCUUCAGAAACUGAGCCGCGGAAACUAUAAAGUGAACCAAAAAUCCAUAAAGAUUGCCUGGGCCUUAAACAAAGGAAUAAAGGCAGAUUAUAAACAGUAUUGGGAUGUAGAACUUGGUGUUACUUAUAUUCCAUGGGAUAAAGUCAAACCUGAAGAACUGGAAAGUUUUUGUGAAGGAGGAAUGUUGGACAGUGAUACCCUCAACCCAGAUUGGAAAGGAAUCCCCAAGAAGCCUGAGAAUGAAGUGGCUCAAAAUGGAGGAGCAGAAACCUCACACACAGAGCCAGUGUCCCCGAUACCUAAACCUUUACCUGUGCCUGUCCCUCCUAUUCCUGUUCCUGCACCUAUAACAGUGCCACCUCCACAGGUCCCGCCCCAUCAGGCAGGUCCUCCAGUAGUUGGAGCUCUGCAGCCACCCACUUUCACGCCUCCCAUGGGAAUUCCUCCUCCAGGUUUUGGUCCUGGUGUUCCUCCUCCUCCACCACCACCUCCCUUUUUGCGCCCGGGAUUUAAUCCAAUGCAUUUACCGCCAGGUUUUCUUCCUCCUGGACCCCCACCUCCUAUAACUCCACCAGUAUCUAUUCCUCCUCCUCACACUCCACCAAUAAGCAUCCCAAACUCUACUAUCGCUGGUAUAAAUGAAGACACUACAAAAGACUUAUCUAUUGGAAAUCCCAUUCCAACAGUGGUGUCUGGGGCUAGAGGAAACGCUGAGUCUGGUGACAGUGUGAAAAUGUAUGGCUCUGCUGUGCCACCUGCUGCACCCACGAAUCUGCCCACCCCUCCUGUAACCCAGCCUGUUUCACUUCUUGGCACUCAAGGAGUUGCCCCUGGUCCUGUGAUUGGGCUCCAGGCACCAUCUACUGGUCUUCUAGGUGCACGACCUGGACUAAUCCCACUCCAGCGCCCUCCAGGAAUGCCUCCACCACACUUACAGCGAUUCCCUUUGAUGCCACCCCGCCCUAUGCCACCACACAUGAUGCCCAGAGGCCCACCACCAGGACCAGGAGGCUUUGCAAUGCCUCCACCACAUGGAAUGAAAGGGCCCUUCCCACCACACGGCCCCUUUGUUAGGCCUGGUGGAAUGCCAGGGCUUGGGGGCCCUGGGCCAGGCCCAGGGGGUCCUGAAGACAGAGAUGGAAGGCAACAACCACCGCAGCAACAGCAACAGCAGCAACAGCAGCAGCCUCCACCUCAGCCACAACCACAGCAACCACCGCCAUCACAACAGCCACCAUCAGCUCAGCAGCAGCCUCAGCAAUUUAGAAAUGAAAACAGGCAGCAGUUUAAUUCAGGUAGAGACCAAGAAAGGUUUGGAAGAAGAUCAUUCGGAAAUAGGGUGGAAAAUGACCGGGAACGGUAUGGGAGCCGUAAUGACGAUAGAGAUAGUAAUCGUGAAAGGAGAGAAUGGGGAAGAAGGAGCCCUGACCGCGACAGGCACAGAGACUUGGAAGAAAGAAAUAGACGCUCUAGUGGGCAUCGAGAUAGGGAGAGAGAUUCUAGAGAUAGAGAGUCUCGCAGAGAGAAGGAUGAAAACCGAGGGAAGGAGAAGUCCGAGGUGACUAACAGGGCAGGUGGUAAAGCCAUCGAGCCUCCACCUAGCCAAGUGGGAACCGUAGACACUGUUUCAGAACUUGAUAAAGGGGAGGCCAAGGCCACAGUGGUAAAACCCUCUGAAGAGGCACCUGCUGAGGCUACCUCAUCCGUUGAACCUGAAAAAGAUUCUAGCUCAGCAACAGAGACAACUCGCUAGAGCCUGGAAUAUGACAAAAUGUGACAGUGACACUUCCAGAGUGUAGAGCUUGAGGUGUACAGAUGCUGUAUUAUAUUUGCUCCUGCUAUAUCACAGCCCCGCAGGUAGUUUGUGGGGAAUUGUAAGCAAUUUGAUUGCUUCCCUUCUAUUUAAAAAUAGCUACAAAAUAACAAAAAAAAUACUGAAAAUAUGAAUAUUACCCUUUUGCUGUAACUUUUUAAAAGUUUUGACUUUAAAAAGUUUACAAAUCCUAAUUAGAAGUGCUCUCUAUUUUUUUUUUUUAAUUUAAGACAAGGUAACGGUGAAAGCUCCUCAAAACAAUAGGGAUGUUUUUAAUAAACUCUAUUUUCGUAACAAA